UAUGAUGCAAAAUAUCGUGGGACUUUGCUGUCUGUGGAAGCAACGGGGAGCAUCAUGAGUGAGAGAUAGAGUGUCUUUGGCUCUCGAGAGAAAGCGAGAUGCGCUACACUCCCGAAAUUCACUGAAACUCAGAUUAUAUUGGUUUCUCCUCGAGUUGCCCCUUCUAAGAACGACUCGCGCCACCAUCAGCUAGUGAUCCGAGCAUGCUGAUCAUAUCCACGAGAGUCUUCUGCACGCUUGCCUCUGUGCUCUUUAUCUCGGCAACGUCCUUCGCUCAUGCUCUUGAUCGCCGUGACCCCAACCUCAGACUGUAUACUGUCACGGGAUUCGGCACUGGACACUGCGACGAGCCUACCGUGACUCGGCGCGAAGAUCGCGACCCAGAACCGCUGUUCACUUGGGCUUUGUGGGCACACAAACUUGAUGUCGAAGUCACAACCUUCGCUGACACCGUCCAGGCUCGCAUCACAAGCUCUACCAACGUCGAAAGAUACGGGGUGAUAGUACCCACCCCCGGUCAUGCUCGACGAGUCAGAGUCGAAGGCAUGGUCGUCAAUCGCCCCCUUAAUCCGGACAUGCAAGUCAAGGCCUGCUGUCGAGUCUUUACGCCCUUUGCCUUUGAGAUUUAUGUCGCCGCAGAGCGCGUUGAGAAUCUGCCCACGGAGAGCUACGUCUCCUGCUUCCGAGAUGGCGACAACGACGGGACAUGCAAUCCACACACCUUGAAAGUUCGACCGCCCGGCUUUGUUGAUCAUUGCGUGACCGAAUUCCAAUGGAUCCAGAGGGAUGGGACGGGAGAAUGGAAGGACAACUCGUUCAUGCUACAAGGAGGAUUGGAAGGACAUUGCGCGGUCACACCGGAAAUCACUAUUCCGAUAGCAUCACAGGUACCGAUCGAACUCAACGUAUCGAUAUGGCUUCCCAGCUACAACCUCUUCCUCGACAACUCGAAAAACAUCGUUUGGUACCAGCAAUUUGACUAUGAAAGCUACUAUGUCAAGCAUCCCAAGGAAAUCCGGUUAGAAUUCAAUGCAAGACCGAUAAGACCUCGCCAAUGGCACGAUUGCUGUCAAGCGCGCGUCAUCACUAGCGGCGUCUUGGAUCUCAUCAGCGGAGAGGUGCUUAGCAUAAAGAGCUGGAUGGCGCUCUAUUGCAAUGAGCUCGUCGCACUGCCGAGCUGCGACGCUACUGCAACCGCCUCUUCACCACUGAUUGCUGUCACGGGAUGGAUGUCCUGCGAGGCCAGAGUCAAAUGGUCCUCAAGAUAUAUCCAUUAGCCUGUACAUACAGUACAGCUACGCAGUCGCAAACCCAUUAUCGUCCUCCUCCAUCGUCCAUUUGAGAUCCCCUUGACAGCUCGUGCGCUCAGCUGUGA